AUGGACCCGACAAGGAAGAAAAAGGUGGUUGUCAUAGGGGCUGGAAUCGGAGGCAUCGCAACAGCAGCAAGGCUAGCACAAUGCGGAGUGGAAGUUUCCGUAUAUGAAAAGAAUGACUUUGAAACUUACCAACAUCUGGGAACAUCGAUGCCUUCAGAAGGUAUUGACCUUCUCAAAUGCGAUCCCAAUUGCAAUUUCUGGUUCGAUGAUGGAGAACUUUUCACAACUUCCACCGAUCUUGCUCGAAUGAAGCGCCAACUAGAGAAACUUGAUCAUCAACACGGAUUUGGUGGUUUCCUUGCUUUCCUCCAGGAAUCUCAUCAACAUUAUCAACAGAGUGUGAUCCAUGUGCUGAACAAGGACUUCACUGGCUUCCUGUCACUCUUGAGGCCUGCUUUCUUGCGGUACCUAUUUCGACUACACCCUUUUCAUACAGUGUGGCAGAGAGCCUCUCAUUUCUUCCCAUCUCACAAACUUCGCCAAGUGUUUAGCCUCGCCAGUAUGUAUCUGGGCAUGUCACCAUUUGAAAUACCAGAUUGCGGAAUCGUUGGCCAAUAUAGGCAAACGUCUAGGUGUCAGCUAUCAUCUCUCGAACCCAGUGAAGAGUAUUACAAUUUCUCCCAACAAGCAGGCUCUGGGUGUCUUAUUUGA